AUGCAGAACCCCGCCAAAGCCACCGCCACCAACAAUGAAGGCAACAAGAAGAGGAAGUCACCGAUCAUGAUCCAGCCGGAAGAGUCAAAGAAGGGCAAGCCAUCACCGACCGGCUCGCCGACGACGCCGCUGUCUCCAUUCCACGAUGCUCUCCUUACCGAACUAAGAGCCAAGUACGAUGUUCUACCGGCCUUUACCAUCUCGUCGACGAAGAUACAGAAGCGCGUGAGCUGGGUACUGCAACACCUGCGCAAGGAUGACGGUGAUCCGAGGAAGCGAGCCGUGCUCCUGUACGCGCGACCGAGCGAGGUCGGCAAGAUGAUUACCAUUUCGGAGCAGGUAAAGCGCAUCGUGGUGGAGGAGGAGGGUCGCCGGUGGUACCAGUACAACAAGAUGUACGAGUUGCCGCCCAAGGCUGAAGUGGUGGAGGAGACCAUGCUGGGUGGUGCCGGCGGGGACGAAGACUCAGACGAGGACGACGACUUCGAGGUCAUGGAGAGCCGGUUCGAGAGGGCCGUCCUGCCGCAGCCAGCGAAGCGUGCUGCUUUGUCACUCAGCAUCUUCCUCUCGUUGGAUUCAAUGCCAGAGCUCAAGACCAAAGAGGGUGUGACGGUCCAGACGAAUGAGCCGCAGGUGGACUCGACAAUUGCCACAGCAUCAUAG